AUGUCCAGUGUGUGCCAAGGCCUGCCUUGUUUCAGUGACAAGACUAACAAUCUGGAGGCUUACGUGAAAUGGUUCAACAGACUGUGCUACCUCGUGGCGACUGAGAUCUGCAUGCCGGCCAAGAAGAAGCAGAGGGCCCAGGUGGUGGAGUUCUUCAUCGACGUGGCCCGUGAAUGCUUCAACAUUGGCAACUUCAACUCUCUGAUGGCCAUCAUCUCUGGCAUGAACAUGAGCCCCGUCUCUAGGCUGAAGAAGACUUGGGCCAAAGUGAAGACGGCCAAGUUUUUCAUCCUCGAGCACCAGAUGGACCCAACAGGGAAUUUCUGCAACUACAGGACAGCCCUGCGGGGGGCAGCCCACCGCUCCCUGACCGCCCACAGCAGCCGUGAGAAGAUCGUCAUUCCCUUCUUCAGCCUGCUCAUCAAAGACAUCUACUUCCUGAACGAGGGCUGCGCCAACCGCCUCCCCAAUGGACACGUCAACUUUGAGAAAUUCCUGGAGCUGGCCAAACAGGUUGGAGAGUUCAUCACAUGGAAACAAGUGGAGUGUCCCUUUGAGCAAGACCCCAGCAUCACCCACUACCUGCACACCGCUCCCAUCUUCAGCGAGGAUGGUCUUUAUUUGGCUUCUUAUGAAAGUGAGAGCCCAGAGAACCAAACAGAAAAAGAGAGGUGGAAAUCUCUAAGAUCUUCUAUUCUGGGGAAGACGUGAGAAGCUCAAGGAGGAGGAGGAGGAGGAGGAGGAGAAGGAGGAGGAGGAGGAGGGGAGGAAGUCAGCAGAAGCCUUCCACAGCCCUGCCUUAGCUGGCCCAGCAGAAAAUAAGAGGUGUUGCCACCUCACUGCUUUGCAAACCGUGACCCCACGGCCUGGCGCCAGCCCCAGCGACCACACGGCCCGGGAGACCUUUCUCCACCUUCUGUGGAACUUCAGCUCCGGGGAAGGGCCCAGGACCUCCUGACCUGCGGGUAGCACGUGGCUCAGGGGCUCUGCCUUCAGGACGGUGGGGGUCACGUUGCUGGCCGGUCGGUCCAUCCUCAGCAAGGACGUGGCACCGCCCCCAGAGCGUUGGGUGACUGUGGUGUCACUGUCCCUGGGUGAUGAGCAGCACCGAGGCUGACACCCCGUCUGUGCCUAGGUGGCCUGGGAACCCCCACAUCUCCAGCAGGCACCACCAGCAGCCCCUGUCGUUCUGCUGACGGGCCCUACCCUGCCCCCCCGACCCCGGGAUGGGCUGGUUUCUGCGGCCCAGUUCACCCCUUUCUGGAUCCUGCUGGUACCAGGGGACAGCUCUCUGGUGACAGCUGUGACUGACACAGGUCACGGGACAAACCUGAGUCGUGAGAAUGACAACAUGUACAGUACACUGUAAACUUUAGGUUGGUAUAAACACGUCCGUACGCCCUGCGUA